AGACCGUACAAGUGCCCGCUGUGCCCGAGGGCCUUCUACCGCCUCGAGCACCAGACUCGCCACAUCCGCACCCACACGGGCGAGAAGCCUCACGCCUGCACCCACCCAGGGUGCGAGAAGCGCUUCUCGCGCUCUGACGAGUUGACGCGCCACGUCCGCAUCCACUCGUCGGACCGCGGGCGCAAGAAGACGGCGCAGCAGCAG